AUGUUCUUCAAACACACAAUCAAAGAGCUCUCGCUCCGGCUUGCCACAUACAUGGUGGAAGAUAUUGCUCAACUUGCUGCAUUUACUGGCAAACAGCAGGUUACAUUGCUGUGGAGGUUGAUUCACGAGCAGAUUUUGCACAGGCUUUGUAAACUACUACAGAGUUGCGGUGUGCCACAGGAGGAGUACUCAUUCCACAUGGAAUGGGCUGAUCAUGAGGGCACUGUCAUCAAGUUUGGUAUUGAGCUCGUUGGGUUCCCCGGUGGCCAGAUCAUGAAUCUGAACAACAUUGCAAGCAUCAAGUUGCUCCACCAGACUGAGAUUGCCAUCUGA